CAGACAGACAGGGAGCUAAACCUCUUGGAGAGUUCAACACUGAAGAAGUCUGCCAAUGGUUCAGCAGCAUCGGCCUGCACAAAUGCCUUACCUACAUCAGAGAGGCAGAGCUGUGUGGAACUGAUAUAACCUCAAUAGACCUGACGACCCUGGAGGUUCUUCACAUCUCCAGUCUGGAGGAGAGAGAGCAGCUCCUAUCAGCUGUUUACAGAGAGCUACACCCGCCCAGCACCACCUCACAGAGACUGGACUCCCUGUUGGAAACUGUUGGUCCUAACAACGUAGAGAAAUUCACAGCAGCAUUGGUCGCCAUGAGCCAAUCAAAGUCCUUCCAACGUGUAAGCUGCCUCAACAUGAAUCAAACAAAAUCCUUUAAAUUCAGAUGCAAAAGCCCUAACCCUGUGAACCAGAGGACCUCUCUGCUGAUGGAGAUCACCAUAAAUGCGUCGGUGCAGAUAGUCCACCUGCGGACCCCCAGGGAAACCACGGUGGGGAAGGUGAUGGAGUCCUGUCUAAGGAUGCUAGGAAUGACCGAGGACAAGGACCUCUUCAGCCUCACAGACAAACCAGGUUCUUCAGAGGAGCUGUCAUCAGACCUGCAGAUAGUUGACUUGGCAAGCUCAGAGAACAAAUAUCUAGAGUUGUAUCUGUGCAAAAAGAAUAAACCUAAAGGUGUUGUCAAGCCCCAAUCCCCAGCUCCUUCUUUCAACGGGUCCCUUGGUGACGGUCCAGUCAAUCAAACCCGCCAGGUACAAGGGGUCAGCCAGCCAGGUAAAGAGAAAAAGAUACGCGAACUCAAUGAACAGGUGGACUCUCUACAGAACGUCAUCCUGCAGGUUCAGGAGAUCCACCACGGGCUGGUAGCAUUCUGUUCAGAGCUGAAGAGAAUGGAUGGGGAGGUGGAUCUGUCAGGGCUGAGAUCCCCAGAGCUGAAGCAGCGCCUUGGGCUGGCUCUGGGACUGCUCAGGGACAAGAGACACAGUCUAAAGAGCCUCCGAGAGUCCAUGAGAAACACAGCCGUUCGCAGGAAUGAGCGAUCAGAGGUUCGUCUUCUGGAUAAGAUGAAGCUGAACUGUCAGGUGUUUAAAGAAGAAAUCUCUCUGGUGCACCUCAAUCGACAAGUAGCCCAUCUACAGAAAGCACUUCAGGACAGCCAAGUCAAGGAGAGAUCCCUCCAGUCCCAGUCUCACCAGAGGAAGUGUUCUACCCUGGGCCAACUGGUCACUCCCCAGUGUCCUGCCAUGCUACUGGUUGUCCAGGAGAGCCGUGGGAAAGAUGGGCGGUAUGGAUUCACCUUCCAACUCUCACAGGACAGAGGACUGGUGGUGAUACAGGUGGACAACUCACAUUCACCCCUCUGUCUGGAGGACAGAUUGGUGGAGGUGAACGGGGUACCAGUGGUGGACCACAGCGAACAGGAGUUGAGCACCCUACUCCUCCUGGGACCCAGUGCUCAGAUAGUGGUUCUGAGGAGACCUCCUCCUCCUGGGACCCAGUGCUCAGAUAGUGGUUCUGAGGAGACCUAAUCCUCCUGGGACCCAGUGCUCAGAUAGUAGAUCUGGGGAGACCUCCUCCUCCUGGGACCCAGUGCUCAGAUAGUGGUUCUGAGGAGAACUCCUACUCCUGGGACCCCAGUGCUCAGAUAGUGUUUCAGAGGAGACCUCCUCCUUCCCGCUUCAGACCUAGAAGACCCCCCUCCUGUUAGUCCCACCCCCAUCCUCCCAGCCCCAGAAGAGCCCCUCCUAUUAGUCUCACCACCAGUCACCAUCCCAGUAGAACCACCUCCUAGCUCUCCUCCUCCCAGUCCCAGUCCGAGCAGACCCCCUCCUAGCUCUCCUCCUCCCAGUCCCAGUCCGAGCAGACCCCCUCCUAGCUCUCCUCCUCCCAGUCCCAGUCCCAGUAGACCCCAUCCUAGCUCUCCUCCUCCCAGUCAAAAUCCCAGUAGAAUCCCUCCUAGCUCUCAUCUCAGUCUCAGUCCCAGUAGACUCCCUCCUAGCUCUCCUCCUCCCAGUACCCAUCCCAGUAGAACCCCCUCAUAGCUCUCCUCCUCCCAGGGCCAGUCCGAGCAGAACCCCUCCUAGCUCUCUUCCUCCCAGUCCCCAACCCAGUAGACCCCCUCCUAGCUCUCCUCCUCCCAGUCCCCAUCCCAGUCGAUCCCCUCCUAGCUCUCCUCCUCCCAGUCCCCAUC